UAGUAGUAUGACAGGUUAGAAUACACAAACCGACGAUAUUUCUACGUAAUCUCGAAUAUCAAUUGAACUUAACAAAUAUGACUAUCAACACUUUCAAUAACACUAACGUUCAUAUCCAGAACAAUAAACUAUCUUACAAAACUUGAAAGAGUGUCGUUCCCAUCGCUAACUGCGAGCGCACGCGAGAACGCAUGAACGCAGGCCAGCCAUUCGGUAGCAAGCGCGCGCGCGAGCGUACAGUGAAAACGUAAACAUGGCCGCGGAGAGUAGCGAAGGUUUGCCAAUAUCUCCGUCCGAGAAAUCGUUAACCGGUAGCUUAGUGUCCGAGGAGAAUGAGAAAAGUGUAUCGCGAUCGCCGUCGACUUACUCGAUACGGGAGGACAAGUGGCCGGAUCUAGUGGUAUCGAGGCCUAGAAAACUGGACGCUUGGUGGUUACCGAGACGUAACUUAAAGGGAUCCAUUGUUACGAUUUCUUCUAUGCGGCAAGAAUCCCAGAACGGUCUGAAGAUCAGACCAGCGGGUGACCACGGUGUGCAUCACGGUGGUGUCAUGCUUGAGGAAGACAUGGCUGGCGCCCAGGAUACUAUAUACCUGUGCAACUUCCGUGUGUCGGUGGACGGCGAGUGGCUGUGCCUGAAAGAGCUUCAGGACGUCGAGUUCUCGUUGCACGACUCGAUUCAACGAUCUCCCUCGCCACCGCUUGCGCUAAGUGGUAUUAAUCAUCAUCAUCAUCAUCACCAUAAUGAUCAUCAUCGCCAACAGCAACAGCUUCCCGAUCAGCGAGAGCUUCGCGAUAUAAUGCCGUCAAGCCCACCGCCAUUGCAGCACGUUUCCAGCUUGUCACGAGAUCCGGUCAUCAUCGAGAGGAGUAACCUCGUUAAUAUCUCGAAAUUAAUCGUGAAGGAGCUGAUCGAAACGUCUUUGAAGUACGGUCGAAUGCUCGACUCUGAUCACAUGCCAUUGCAACAUUUCUUCAUCGUUCUUGAACACGUGCUUAGGCAUGGUUUGCGACCAAAGAAGGGUCUCCUUGGACCCAAGAAGGAGCUUUGGGAUAUACUACAGCUCGUUGAGAAAUAUUGCCCCGAAGCGCAGGACAUUACGUCCAGUAUUCGUGAUCUACCCACUGUUAGGACUGCCAUGGGUAGGGCAAGAGCGUGGUUGCGCAUGGCGUUAAUGCAGAAAAAGUUGGCGGAUUACUUGAAAGUUUUGAUCGAUCACAAAGAAGACAUACUGUCCGAGUAUUUCGAGCCUGACGCUCUGAUGAUGAGCGAGGAGGCGAUCGUUAUAAUGGGCCUGUUGGUUGGUUUGAACGUGAUCGAUUGCAAUUUCUGCGUAAAGGAGGAAGACCUCGAUUGUCAACAAGGGGUGAUCGAUUUUUCACUGUAUCUGCGGAACAGCAAUCAUAUACCUGGCGAAUCCCCGGACGACGAGCUGGAAAAUGACAACAUGACCACCGUGCUCGAUCAGAAGAAUUACAUCGAGGAGCUGAACCGCCACUUGAACGCGACUGUGACCAACCUUCAAGCUAAAGUGGAAUCAUUGACAACGACGAACGCUCUUAUGAAGGAGGAUCUCUCGAUCGCUAAAAAUAACAUAUUGUCCCUUCACGAGGAGAAUAGACAAUUGAAGAAAGAGUUAGGAAUCGAGAUCAAAGACACGAACGAGAAUGGGAAACCACCGAUCAAAAUCACUGAAACGACCACGGAAAUCGAGGAGUUGAGAAGUAGAUUAGAGGCUGAAAAGAAAAUGCGGCAGGAUGUAGAGAAGGAGUUAGAGUUGCAGAUGAGUAUGAAGUCGGAAAUGGAAGUGGCUAUGAAGCUGUUGGAGAAAGAUAUUCACGAGAAACAAGACACGAUUAUAUCGUUGCGGCGACAACUCGACGAGAUCAAAUUAAUUAACUUGGAAAUGUAUAAAAAGCUACAGGAAUGUGAGCACGAACUAACGCAGAAAGGCGAAAUGGUGAGCCGGCUCCACGCCAAGACGAAUCAAAUAGGCAAGAUCCUGAAUAAUCUCGAGAAGUGCAACCACAUGAAAAAGGAGGUGGAGAAUAUUCGUAGCCCGACGACACCGAGCAGUGUUUCGAAAUCGAUUCUAAAUAAGACCAGCCCCACCUCGCCCAGAUGUUACACUGACAAUGCGGUUGAUUAUCAGCAACAUCCUCAGUCGAAUAAUCAGCAACAGUCGGCUAACAAUCUACAAAAGUCGGUUAAUAAUCAACAAGUAUCGUCCAUUAACAAUCACCAACAAUCGAAUAACAACGAAACGAUUCUUUUACUGAAACAUAGUUUAUUUCAGGAGUGCGAAGGCUCGCUUAAGCAUAAAACAGAACUGAUCACUAAAUUGGAGGCUAAGACGCUAUCGAUGACUGAGACCAUCCAGAAAAUGGAUGAGAAGUGCAAGGAAAUGGACGACGUGAAGUCAGGAGCGGUGGAGAGGGUGAAGAUUUUGGGGGCCGAGGCCGCCGAGAGGGAGGCGAGGGCGAAUGGGGUCGAGAGGGAAUUGCGACUCGAACGAGAAUGGCGAACCUCCUUGCAGGAAGCAUCGAUCUCUAACGCGGAGAAGAUCUCUCAAUUACAUCAUGAAAUCGAUCAGUUGAGGCGGGUGUCCGAGAAAUACCUGGCCCUGCAGGAGGAGCAUUACGCGCUGAGGGAGAUCUGCACCGAGCAGGAGAGAACUCUGGAGGAACUUGGGGGACAAUUGAGCGCCGCGAAAUUGGCGGCCGUCGAAUUAAGGGAGGCCGCUGACAACGCUCAACAGCACCACCAGCAGGAGGGCGCGGCGACCUGGGCGAACGAUCGGCUGGUCACCCACUGCAAGAGCUGCAACCGUGAGUUCAACAUCACUCGUCGCAAGCACCAUUGUAGAAACUGCGGCAAGAUCUUCUGCAACGCUUGCAGCGACAACACCACGUCCCUGCCAAAUUCAUCGAAACCAGUACGCGUGUGCGACGAGUGUUACGUGUUCCUGGUCGGUCGUUACACGUGUGCACGCUAGCACUAACGCUUCCACGACCGGUUGUCCAUCGGCUGUGGCCGAUUCACCCGGGAGAACGACGGGCAAACAACGGAAGAAAGGAUCUAUCCCGCACAUAUACUCUUUCUCUCACAUACACACGUAAGACGUUUCUGAUGUCCUCGAAGACCGCUUCCUUCUUCUUCGACGCCGUUCAUUUUCAAUUCGGCGCACGCGGUUGUUGUUCGAAAAGCUGUUGUCGAGCUGUUGGCGAGGCUGCAUCGCCUCGAGUCCAAUUCCUUUCAUCGCAAUAUCAUCGUGCGACGUUUUGUAAAAGAUUUGGAAAAAAAAUUCGAUGCCACCGCCGCCAUUUUGGGGGAAAGGCUUUCGUCGAGAUGGAAAAAGUGUUUGCAUUUUAUAUUUUGACGAGGUAAUUUUUGGGGGUAUUUUGGGGCAUUUGAUCGACUCUCUUGGACGGGUUGUUGGGUUGUUCGCGUGACCACCGCGUGCAUCUUGACGUAAAGGGGAGAAUGUGGUCGAGACGAAAGUAUUGAGAAUUGGUUGAGAAAAUGAAUUAUUAUUACUAUUAUUAUGUUAAGAUUAGAAUUUUUGUAAGUAGGGGACAUUUGAAGGUCGUGAUUGUUUUUUU